AUGCAAAGAGUGAAGAUUUAUAACACAAAGACAAAGAAUGGAGUUCUUUGGCCACUUGCUGACAUUGAUAAGAAGCUUGAGAGGAAAUUUCACAUCAUUUCCAAUCAGAAUAAUCAGAAGGAGAUUUCAGUUACUACAGAACCCAAAGUGAAGUCCUCCUCAUCAAAUGAAUUAGGAGUGGCAAAAGAAGAUCAUAGCAUUGCAAAGACUGAUCAGUUGGAUGAUAAUGCUCAAAAGCUGAAGGACUCAAAAGCCAAGCCGAAGUUAACAACUGAUGUGAAAGUAAAAAACUCAGGUGCUGCUAAAAAAGAGUCUCUUGUUUCAGUUUCUUGGCGUGUGCCUCAAAAGAAACGUGGUGAAAGACAUCCUGGUUUCAACUUGGAUUAUUCUCCACCGAAGACACACCCUCCUUCCCAUAACUGA